GGUCUGAUGGGAACUCAGGCACAGAGAGAGCAAGAGUGUCAGAGUGAGAGAGGCAAGGAGGUUGCUGAAUGACUGUCAAGCCUGUCAACCAGGUGGACUUAGGAGCAGUUUGGCUGGAAUUAAAACAAUGACAUAUUUGUGUUUGUGUUGCUGAGUGUGGAACUGGAUUGCACCUGAUCAUCACUGACUGAGAGGGAACCUCGGGGGGCUCUGUGGACUCCACAACUAGACGUGACAGAGUGGAAUUUCCCUCCUCUUCCCUGGCUGAGCCGGGGGCAGAUGGUCGCUCUGAGAGUUUGAGCAGAACUCAGGAAGGAAAGUGAGGGAAGGGUGGGAGGAGGUCCAGAGAGGGAGAGGGAGAGGAAGAGAAGCGAGGAGUGGACAGAAGAGGAGACAUGCUUCGCUACGGUUCAGGACGAAGUGUUUCCACCACCACCACCACAACAGAGGACUCUCCAGAGCCUUCAAGUGAGAGGAGGAUCAGACGCCUCAGGUUAACUCUACAUGCGGGGGAUCAUGAAAACAAGAAGCCAGGAACUGCAAACUCAGACACAGCUGAGAAAGAGAAGGAUGUCAAUGGGGCAUGGAAGAAGAAGAAUGGGCUGAUCCAAAGAGAGAGGCCAGCUGGCAGGGAGUCACCUCAGCAGCACCUUGGAGACAUGACCAAUGGGGUGCCAGAGACCUCGCUGCAGCAUCAUGGGCCCAAAGUGUACGGCGUUGUGCAAACGAUGGGAUCAGACACACAGCAGGAGGUGAUGGCGCGUGAGUGGACGGUCAGUCACCUUCACGAUGAGAUGAAGUACAUCAGGGAGGUGAGAGAUUCUUUAGAGAAGGUGAGAGAGCGGAUGUACGGGCAAUUCGGAGGAAUGCAGCAAUCAAUGAAGAACCUUUCGCAGGAAAUCAGGGCUGCCAAUUCACAGCGAAGGAGUCUGGAGUCAGAGGUGAGGAUCCGGACGACAGCCAUGGAGAGCUUUGAUCAGAUGAACAGCUCCCUUAUAUCUGCUAACAUCAGCCUGCAGAAAUCCCUUCUGGAGAACUGUCAGAACAGAGUGGACAGGAGAGAGGAGGUGAAGAGUUUGCGAAGCACCUGUGAGAAAACACAAGAAAAACUCAGAGAUAAGGAGAAGGAGCUGGCUGCCGCACAGGCUGAAAACCAGACUUUGAGGCUACAGGUGGAGUCUUCACGGGAGGCCAACACUCAGGCGCUGCAGGAGCUCUCAGCAAAGCUACAGCAGGAGUAUGAGGAAAAGCUGCAGGAGGAACAAUGGAAACACAGGGAGGAGAUUGAAAACCUACAGGCUCAACUCGAUGAGUACAUCAGGCGACUAGAGGAAGCAGAGAGCAACAUCAAGAUUGCAGAAGCCAAGAUUGCUGAGAGGGACCAGAGGAUCCUAGAAGUGGAGCGUCUACUGGACUGUAUGGGGAAAGAAAAGAGUCAACUCCAAAAAAAGCUGCAGGAAUCUGAACAGCGUCUCCGCUUGUUGGAGCUGACGGACAAAACUGAUGCAACUGCAGCCAAACGGUCCAAGGAGCUGCAGUCUGAAACUGUGGAUCUCCGUGAGAGAAUCAAACACUUGAACGACAUGGUGUUCUGCCAGCAGCGGAAAGUCAAAGGAAUGAUUGAGGAGGUUGAAUCACUGCGAACUAAAGUGGCUCAGAAGGAUAUGUUCAUCUCGGAGCUUCUGGACAGAAUUGCAAUAGUGGAGUGUGAGAAUAAUGAAUUAGAAGACAAGCUGAAGUAUUUUAUGUCCACACAGAAUAGGCCACGAGAGUUUUUGGAAACCAGGGAGAUAGGAGUAGGCUGUGAUCUGCUCCCCAGACAUGAAGCACAGAGGCAUGAUGUUCAGCGUGAACCAACUCAUCUCCAUCCCAUACAACACCCACCACUUCUUCCACCUCCAUCAUCAGUGAAACCUCCAUCACCAAUGAAACCUCCAUCACCCACUCAACCCUCAUCUCCCAGACAACGUCCACCCCCUAUACAACCUCUAUCUCCCACACAACCUUCAUCUCCCAUACAACCUUCAUCCCCUACAUCCCCCAUUCAACAUCCAUUCCACUACCUGACAACACCCACCCAACCAAGGACAUUUAAGUCUAAUACCCCUCCGCCCAGCAGGCUGGAUUCCAGUUUACUGAGGUACACUCCUGUCCAGUACAGCCGCUUCCUGCAGUCCAAUCCCUCAGUAACAAGUGGGACAUUCUCCUACACUCGUCCGCCUGCAUCAGAGUCUCUUGCGAGUCCGGUCUCAUCCGGGAGAGAUCAGGUGGACGCAGACACAGACACACAAUCAAGUCCAGAUGAAUCCACUUCAUCCUUGUCCUCUUCUCGUCCAAGAUCGAGAGCCCCUCAAGUUUAUUCACCAUUCAUGAAACUAAUGGAAAUAACAGCAAAUAUUAAAAUAGAGCUCACAGUGAUGUCCUCGUCGUGGACAGAGCGCCAGGGACAGGUGGGAGACCUCAGACAGCAGAGAAAAGAAGACCUCCGAGAACUGCUCCUGCGACAGGAGAAGAUACUCUCUAACCAGAGGUUAGUACAGACUCUUCCUGACAAAGGGAAGAAGAUCAAAGAGUUUGCAGAGAAAGUGCGCCUUGCCAUUGAACACCACGAUGAAGAGGAGAGGAGACAGAGCUCGGUGUUUGCUGCCAGGAAAGAGUUACAGUCCAAGUACCAGCAGGCUUUCACUACCCAACAACGUGCUAUCCCCCACAUACCAGCAGCCUCCCACCAAAACAGGCAAAGUGAGGCUGCUGCAGGCGAUGCGAUGCAGGAGACCUCACCUGCCUCAGCUGAUGUGCAGGAAAACAACUCUUUGGAUGAGCCACAGGAGCAGUUUUUGUCUAGAGCAGCUGCUGGUGAAACCAUGGAGACCACUGCUGCUGGGUCCUCUCUGAACUCUGAUGAGACAAAAGAGGGUGACCUUGUGGAGGCCUUAGAAAGGGUCAGACUGUCUGAAACGUCCAAAGACCCAUUAAACAGCACAGCAAGAGACAAUUACUUUCUCAAACAGCAGAUACCAAAAAAGCCUCACUAUGUAACUGUCCUGGAAAGAACAGAGAAUACUUCAACUCACAGAAGGCAAAAAUUCAAACCAAAUCAGCUGUCCCACAGAAGUGACAUCUCUCCCUCAGGAUCCUCAUCACCGAGUCAGUCCUCUGAAGGCUCAUCACCUCUGUCUGCACAAGCCAAGAAGGAGCGGGACAGAAAACACCUGGAUGACAUCACUGCUGCAAGACAGCCUCUUCUCCAUUACAGUCCAGCCCAGCUUCUGUCUCUGGAUGAGUCGGCUGUCCUCCUGAAGGAACAAGCCAAGAAGCAACUCGAGUUGCAGGCCAAGCUGGCAGCCCAGAAACUGUCUGAGGGACUGAAGAUCUCUAUGGGGAGCUACACUCCUGAUGGUGGCCCCAUGGCUGCCUACAGAGAGGUUCACGAUGAAGGAGCCCAGCUCUCCUCAGAGGAAGACUGAUCCUGGAAGGCCAGAGCUGGGGAAACCAGUGUGACCUUGGCCCUGAGGGAAACAGGCUUUGGACCUUGCAAUCGGGACCCAUCAAACAGGAUUUUCCCUCCAAGGACAAGGAUUCUUAAGAGAGGAAAAGGGUCUUUGCACGGUGUGAAGGCAGUGUUGGUAUCCCAGACUCAGCUCAGGAAAUUGAAUGGCAGGUUGAGAAACUAGCUUACUUAGUUCUCAUUCAGUCUGUAUUGGCCUCAGUUGUUUCAGUGUCCUUCAGGAAUAAUAAUACUUGCUGUUGAAUAGGAGUUUUUAUAUUCACAAUUUUAAGCAAAUGUUUCUUGUCAGUAUACUGAAACUGAUGAUGUCAUGGUUUUUUGAGCCUGAGGGUAUUGUGUAUUGUAUGAUGAUUUUUUAUUUUAGUGUGUUAAAGAUUAUAUGCACUUAAACCUUAACAGGAGGUGUAGCAGACUGUUUUGGCACAAUGGUAACCGUUUACAGUUUUGUCCAGAAAAAUAAACAUGAGAUUGGAGAUUUAAUUAUUACAAAAUGUGUAACAGAAUUUAAUAAAAAAGAUCUGAUUUCCCAAA